AUGCCAGAAAUAGACUACUUCCUCAACCUCCUCAACCUCGAACACUUGCCCCCUCUGCCAGAGGACCCCGUCAAAAGAGCUGACGUUGAGUCCGUAUUACAGAAUGGAUAUGUUGCUCUCGACAACCUCCUCACAGAAGAAGACGUUCAGUCCCUUAGGGAAGAAGUCGAUCGUAUGACCGGCGAAAACCCGCGAAAGGGGCGUCAUAUGUUUGAGGGUAGGGAAACUGUGAGAAUCUAUUCUUUGUUAAACAAGUCACGCAAAUUCGACAAGUGCUGUGUAUUCGACCGAGUGCUUGCUUUGAAUGAAUAUUUCUUGAUGAAGGGGUACACCAUCUCGGCCACAUCGACUAUACAAAUCAACCCGGGAGAGAAACCUCAAUUGUUUCACCAUGAUGAUGGAUACACAUAUCUCCCUCGCCCUCGGCCCCCAAUGGGCGUUGCUAUUAUGAUAGCAAUUGACGACUUUACGGCAGAAAACGGAGCAACAUUGAUGGUUCCUGGCAGUCAUCUCUGGGAUUCCAAACGAAGACCGACUAUGGAAGAGGCUGUACCUAUGGUGGGCAAGGCUGGGACUGUUUUCUACUUUCUCGGCACUACCUGGCAUUGCGGUGGUCCCAACAUGACUGAUAAGCCUCGCCGUGCAGCGACUAUCCAAUAUUGUCAGCCAUACAUUCGUGCCGUCGAGAACCAAUUCCUCGCCGUUGACCCUCGCCGUCUAUCUGAGAUUCCGGAUGAUAUCGUUAGGAUGAUGGGUUAUGGCUUACAGAAGCCUUUCAUCGGAUACGUGGACGGUCUUGAUCCCCUCAAGGGAGCAAGACGCAUGGUUGACUGGCUUCAGCAACCCCUUGAGACACAGCCACCUGCUUUUGCAACUACGAUUUAG